AUGGGGUGGAAAGCUGUAGAAAUCGAAGAAUACGAGAGCUCUGCGCCUGCUGUUCAGGCACAUUUUCACGCCGUACAAACUGAGGAAGCUCUACGUCGAGAUGAUUAUGUUCAAGCUGAAAAAGAAGGUCAUUUGGCGAGUGAAAAGUUCCUUCUUGCGGCACAACACGUCUCAGAUAAGCAUACGAUUGAUGCUUUGAUGCUAUUGGCUGAGAAUUAUGAAUACAGAGCUAAGAUGGCUCGUGCAAGGAACCCCAGUCCAGUAGAAGAGAUGACGAUGAAAGCAAAUACGGACAAAAUGCUUCGGUAUACUGAAGACACGAGCAAUACAAUUUCAAAACAGGGGCAGUCAAAGUCUGUAGUCGGUGAUCUUAAUCCAGAGGAGAGACAAAGAUCGGAGACACAGUUACAUGUUGCGGCAGCAGAGAUGGAGGAGCUUUGGAGGCGGUUGAAUGAGAUUGGACUGUCUAGUCCUGGAUCAGCAGACAAGAACUUGCUGAUGUCGUCACGGCAUUUGUCGUCGUCAUUAGGAGAUUCAUUUUGUUUGCUGCCAGCGAAAACGAGGGCGACAGUGGGAGUGGUGGCGACUGCGGUGGAUGGGGGGUCGACGUUGCGAGCAGCGGUCGCAUCUAGAAUGAGGAAUCAGCGUCAACGCCUAAUGGAGCAGCAGCUUGGUGGUCGAGGCCCGAUAGGUCAGCGGAGAUCCGAUGGUACCCCAACGAAAGAUAAUAGUUUGACGCCGCAUCGGUAUGAGGAAGCACGGCGUGCUAGUGACGAAAAGUCGUUAUGUGGUCAAGAAAAAUUGAAUGAAUUGCAGGAGGCGGUUGCUUACCAGAAAAUGGAGAUUGUGCGAUUGCUGAAUACUGUGAAGACACUUAGCAGCGAGAACACAAAGCUUGUAAAGAAAUGCGAGGCAUUGACAAACAUACAAGUUGAAAACCGCGAAAUUCGUAGCUCUAUGGAUCUGUUUAAAAAAGACUACAAUCAGAAGUUGGUGAUGAUCAAGAGGGCUUUAGAGGAAUGGCGGCGCCAGCGGAGCAGCGGAGGCCAAGUUGUUUUACAGCCAAGCAGUGCAGGAGGCGACAACUCUGUCUUGGAAGGUAGAAUCAAGAGACAAGAGGAGCAGAUUAUAAAGCUCAUGGAAGAUGCAAAGAUUAAGGAUGAUCGCAUUGCCAAGUACGACAAGUGGUACAAGACAUUAAAAGCUGGUGCAAAGGCAAAACAGCUUAGUCAGAGUCGCGAAAGUAGCAAUGGCGCAAGUAGUUUCAGCAGCUCAAACAGCUUCGUACAAAAUGGUGGUGGGCCCAGCAAUUCGUUCACGAGCAGCAGCAAUUACCGCGGUUAUAGUCCAGGGUCUGGAGAGUCCCCAGACAGCAGCUCAAGUGCGCGUCGACAGUUCAGCCGUCCACCUGCCCACCCAGACCGCCGAGCGCUGUGA